AUGGCAGGUUCAUAUGAGAAUCGGCAAACAUUCAUUGACUCUCUCAUCCUGUACUUGCAAAAGUAUGGAUUAGACGGUGUUGAAAUAGAUUGGGAAUAUCCAGCAGCAACAGAUCGUGGUGGUAAUGCCGAUGAUAUAGACAAUUUUGUCGUAUUGCUCGCUGAAAUGAGAGAAGCCUUCGAUGCUGUGAAUCCCGGCUGGGAAACCACCUGCACUCUCCCAUGA